AUGGAGAGCCACUCCACUUUUUCCGGCCAAAGGAUGCACGAACGAAGUCCACGGCUUCCUUCUUCAUCCGUGGUCGGUACCCGUUGCAUGCCAGCCAGUGGAUAUGUAGGCAAAGGCAAAGGCGUCCUUACAAAAAGAAUGGCGUCUGCCUCGCCUUUGAGGACAAUGGACACAAACACCAAUUCACCUCCUCCAGUUCGGCCAGUCUUGUCUGCGAGAGCCUCGAUCACCUCCAGGACAAGCAGCAUCCCUACCACUCCUCUUGACGACAUACCUGAGAAAUUGUGGCCACGAGUCCUUCGCGCUACGACUGCCACCGAGACUACCAACCCUGAUCUUUCGAUUGACGAGAUCACCUCCACCAGACUUUCUCUUGACGACCAGGCCAUCUUGACCAAUAUACCAAGAGAGGGUAGUCGGAGAGAGGCACAGUCGCGCAAGCUUAUCAUGAAGGUGGCGAUUGGGGGCAUCUGGGGAGAAAAUAAUGACCGACUCAAGAAAAUGACAAAACGGCUGAAGAAAAUACCCAAUGGCUUAUUCACGCGAAAGGAGCGAGGUUCGCUAGAAACAUUGGCUCCUCCAACAAGCCAUUCGCAGCCUGUUCCAGAGCCGUCGCUGCCACCAUUGGAACUCACAACAGAACUCUGCGUCCAGAACACCAGCACAUCGUCAAAUGUAGAAGCUUGCGACGAGAGCAGAUCCAACCCACCCUUGAUGGACUACGAAUGCAAACUCAAGGAAUCAGGGUCAGGUCAGGAUGAGAUGGCAAAGAUAUCCUCUCUUAUCCGCAAAGAUAUCCAUGAAGUCACAAGUAAAGACCGUAUGCUGCCGCCUUCAUUUUCUGGAAACCCCGAGCGUCUACCUCGUCACUUCACGCAGCACCCCACCUAUGCCUACGCAGCCUCCUCUUCAACGGUGAACUCGAUUCAUGUUGCCGAAGAUCGCCUGCUGCAUGGUCCACGCUCAUUAAAGGCAUUCUCUCGUCAUGGUGUUACGAGGACCUCUUCUAUUGGGAGUGUGGAAGAGAUGCGCAGUCACGCCUUUGGAAAUCGAAGAGUCGGUCGCCCGAGCUUAUCUAGUGCAUCAGGCAGACACAACUCUGCCCCAAGUAUCAGCCGGACAUCAGAAUCGACCUCUCGCCCUGUCACUCACGCAGGCUCGAUAUCUUCACUAAGCGCUACCAUAGCCCCUCCAAGAAGACCAGUUGUAUACAUGGACGCGCCCAGCUCGUUUUCUGAAUUCGUUUGGGAUGGCUGUGACUCGAAGAAGCGUCCAUCGGCAUCCUUGACAGCGCGGCCCGUGUCUAAAGGGGCUUCCAUUCGAAGCAGCCAAGAUGCUCACGGGAGUCCAUCUCUGAAUCUGGCUCCCGAGGUCGAAAUGGGCUUGGGGGAGUUGCCCGGCUACAACAAGGUGCCGCUCUACGUCCCUAGGAGAAUUGAAUUGGCAGAACCUUCCGAAAUCUCACCACUCGACGAGGCAGCUGGGCAAAAGCAGAGAUUUUUCUUUCAUUCCAAGCUGAAGAAUUCGAACCCAACCGUUUCGGACGUCUCAUUCGCAUCGCUACAGGGACAAACUUCCAUCCGGUCACAUCUUGAAAGAGAAGCUGUGGUUCAAGAACAAGAAAGCGAGUCUGAAACCCGUCCAUCUAUGAGUGGUUGUGAGAAGCUCUCCAGAGCCUUCUGUGGUGCCUGGUCAGAAACUACUACCCGACGUUGGCAGAAGGGGUACAAGCGGCACUGUCUUUAG